AUGGCCUACCAGCAAGGAGCACCCGACAGGAUCCCCCCAAACCAACCCCAGCCCGCCAUCGUUGGACCGGGAUUGUCUACACUGGGCGAAGCUGCGUAUGUGCAGGCUUCAAUGGCCACCCCAGCUAUCUCCGGCCAGGAGAAGCCGAGAGCACCCAGGGAGGGAGAAUCGUCUGCAUCGUACUUCUCCGAGCUUCCCGGGACGACCACCGCCACCAAAGAUGCCUACGUAAAUUCUCCCCUGAGUCCUUCCGAUGCAGCCUCGGGUGUCACAUCCGGACCUGAAUUGCUUCGACGUCUGAGCCUCGUGGGGGACGCUCACCUCACACCGGCAACUCCUGUGACAGAUCCGCGGGCGGACCACCCAGGGCUACAUUUAACCGGACGACUCAUCAGUGCCUCAUUUUGUAUUCCGUUCAAAGUGUCGCAUCAGGCCGGAUCUGACUGGGAACUGAAACCUCGCUCAGGCACGUCGGCCUUGUUUGACUCCUUUGCUCACCUCACGUCCGAAAGAUCGCCCUGGAAUCAUACUCUUGUAGGCUGGACGGGAGAGGUGGAAGAGAUCAUUAGCAAACGAUCGCCAUUGCAACCCGUCGCAGGGAACGGCGUACCAGCGGUCCCCUCUACGGUUGCUCCUGUUAAUAAAGCAGCUGCGCCUGUCCCCGUCGAUGCAACGCAGACCCCGCAAACGCAUAUUCCAGUGGAGGCUAUUACUCUCUCAACAGCCGACAAGGAACGGUUGGAACGACAGCUGAAUCGCAGCAAAUAUGGUAGAAUUCUCCCAGUUUGGGCGACAGCUGAAUCUGAUGAGCCUGAGGAGGAGACCGUGUUGAUCGACCAGUCUCGUUGGAGGAGAUACGCAGAACGAGAGCUGUACCCCCUUUUACAUUAUAAGCAAAAUGGCCCAUCGGAUGGACGCUCAGAACGCAAAUGGUGGACAGACUACAUGCGUCUGAAUCGGUUGUUCGCCGAUCGCAUUUCCGAGGUAUACCAGCCUGGUGAUAUAGUAUGGAUUCACGACUACCAUCUGUUCCUGCUACCGAAUCUUUUACGGCAGCGGAUUCCCAAUAUCUUUAUCGGAUUUUUCCUCCACUCACCCUUCCCUAGUAGCGAAUACAUGCGUUGUCUGGCUAAAAGGAAGGAAGUGCUUACGGGGGUUCUCGGGGCAAAUAUGAUUGGAUUCCAGACAUACUCAUAUUCCAGACAUUUUUCAUCCUGCUGCACCCGUGUCCUUGGGUUCGACUCCAAUUCUGCGGGUGUCGAUGCUUAUGGGGCGCACGUUGCAGUGGAUGUCUUCCCAACAGGAAUAGACGCGCAGAAUGUACAAAAGGCGGCUUUCGGAUCGCCGGACACAGAGCAGAUUGUCAUGAACAUUAAAAAGCUCUAUGCUGGCAAGAAGAUCAUUGUCGGCAGGGAUCGAUUAGACAGCGUUCGUGGUGUGGCACAAAAACUACAAGCCUUUGAGACAUUCUUGGAAAGAUAUCCUCACUGGCGUGACAAAGUUGUCAUGAUCCAAGUUACAAGCCCAACGAGUAUGGAGGAACAAAAGGAGGACCCAGAGAACAAGAUUGGAAGCCAAGUAUCGAGCCUUGUGUCCACUAUCAACGGUCGAUUUGGAUCGCUCAGUUUCACGCCUGUGCAGUACUAUCCUCAGUACAUCUCUCCACAAGAAUACUUCAGUCUCCUGCGUGUUGCAGAUGUCGGUCUGAUUACCAGUGUUCGGGAUGGUAUGAACACGACAAGUCUUGAGUACGUGCUUUGCCAACAGGGCAAUCACGGACCUCUCAUCUUGUCCGAGUUUUCCGGGACAGCCGCAAUGCUCCCUAGUGCGAUCCAUAUCAAUCCAUGGGAUAUGAGUGGUGUAGCUGCAGCUAUCGACCAAGCGCUCAGCAUGAACGAGGAAGAGAAGAUUGAACAACACUGCAAGCUCUACAAACAUGUUACGUCAAAUACGGUUUCGAUGUGGUCUCAACAUUUUCUGCACCGUCUACUGACCAAUCUAUCGUCCUUUGACCAGUCAAUCGCCACGCCAGCCUUGGACCGAGCACAAGUAUUGAAGCAAUACCGCAAGGCUAGGAAACGGCUCUUCAUGUUCGAUUACGAUGGAACGUUAACGCCAAUUGUGAAAGACCCACAGGCUGCUAUCCCAUCCGACCGUGUCCUGCGAAAUAUCAAGAGUCUUGCUGCAGAUCCGAGAAAUGCAGUUUGGAUAAUUAGUGGACGCGACCAGGCAUUCUUAGAUGAAUGGAUGGGCCACAUCCCUGAGCUCGGACUGAGUGCCGAACAUGGCUGUUUCAUUCGAAAGCCUCGCAGUGAUGACUGGGAAAAUUUAGCAGCCACAUUUGAUAUGGCAUGGCAAAAGGAUGUUAUGGACGUGUUUCAGCACUACACAGAGCGCACCCACGGAUCGUUUAUUGAGCGCAAACGAGUUGCGCUUACUUGGCAUUACCGACGGGCAGACCCCGAGUACGGGUCUUUCCAAGCAAAGGAGUGCCGGAAACAUCUAGAGGACACGGUCAUGAAAGCAUACGAUGUUGAAGUCAUGGCGGGUAAGGCCAACCUUGAAGUGCGCCCAACCUUUGUCAACAAAGGUUUCAUCGUGACGCGGUUAUUAAAUGAGUACGGCACGGGACCUGGUGAGGCACCGGAAUUCAUCUUAUGCAGUGGGGACGAUUUUACGGAUGAAGACAUGUUCCGCGCUUUACGGCACUCCGACCUCCCUCCCGAACACAUCUUCUCGGUCACCGUGGGCGCCAGCUCCAAGCAAACACUUGCAAGCUGGCAUCUUCUCGAGCCAGCAGAUGUUAUAGCAACGAUUGGGAUGUUGAACGGUACUUCGAUAGGCGCCGAGUACUCAUGA